AUGCAAAUUUACGACAUCGCUAUGCUCGUGGUGUUCUUGGGCACAACGAUCUUCGGUGCCUGGAAAGGCAUGGCCUGGCAGUUGGCCUCGCUGAGUUCAAUCUUCUUCAGCUUCGCCGUUGCGUUGCGGUUCAGCCCCCAGUUGGCUCCGCAUGUAGGUGCUCAGGAGCCUUGGAACCGAUUCGUAGCCAUGCUGAUUCUGUACCUGGGUACCUCGCUGGCCAUCUGGCUCAUCUUCCGCCUCGUGGCAGGCAUGAUCGAUCGCAUCAAGCUGAAAGACUUCGACCGCCAAGUUGGGGCACUGUUUGGGGCGGCCAAGGGCGUGGUGCUUUGUAUCGCCAUCACCUUCUUCGCGGUCACACUCUCAGAAGAUGCCAGGGAGUUGGCACUGCACUCUCGGUCGGGGCAUUACAUCUCGGUGCUCAUUGAUCGGGCAGGGCCCGUGAUGCCCGAGGAGGUUCACGAUGUGCUCUCCCCAUAUCUCGACAAGCUUGAGCAGGGGCUGAACACUGAGGGGCACACCCACGAGGCUGAAGAUCCCGCCCAGCGGACCGGGGGCAGGGCGGUGCGAGCGGAGUAUAUGGCCGGCAACUUGGCGCCCAGGGUGAAGUUUCUGGGAGCUGAUGCGAGCCCGAAUUCGGACCGGCUGAAAUGCCAAAAUCUGGAGCCCAAGACCUACAUUGGGCGGUGUCGAAAAGGGGCCCGAUUUCUGUCUCAUUGGGGAGUGAAAUCUGUGAGAACAAAUCAGGCAGGGGACUCCUUGCCAGCCACUUCCAGAGCCGGCAACUUCCUGUGUUCCACGCACCGCAGAGCACGCUAA